CAAGAGUUUAUUGUGCAAAAAUAAAAAUACACCAAUUAGCAGAAUAAAGCAAGAUUUUGGUACAUAACUCUAAUUGAAAUGAUGAAGAAGCCUGAAAUACACAGGGGACUCUUAUUUUGCAAUGUCUACACUCCCCGUUGAGAGUUCACCUGAGCUCAAACCCAUUUCCUGAAUCUUUUCAGCUGAUGCAUUUAAAGGGACAGUUCACCCAAAAAUGAAAAUUCUCUCAUCAUUUCCUCACCCUCAUGUCAUCCCAGAUGUGUGUGACUUUCUUUCCUCUGUAGAGCACAAUUGAAGAUUUUUAGAAGAAUAUUUCAGCUCUGUAGGUCCAUACAAUGCAAGUGAAUGGUGACCAGAACUUUAUAGCUCCAAAAAGCACAUAAAGGCAGCAUAAAAGUAAUCCAUACGACUCCAGUGGUUUAAUCCAUGUCUUCAGAAGUGAUAUGAUAGAUGUAAGUUAAAAACACGUACAUUUGUAAGUCCUUUUUUACUAUAAAUCUCCACUUUCACUUCUACAUAGUGGAUUUUGCAACUAAAGGCCGAUAGACGAUUAAUCGGCCGAUUUCAUUGAAUGGGGGCUGUUAUCUAUUCUUAUGUAUGUUAUGUAAAUGAGGUCGUAAUAGCUGUAUUGUGUGUUUCUGUUGUUCUCAGGUGUGUGAGCAGGUAAGAUGGGAGUUCAUGGCUUGUGGAAGCUCUUGGAAAGCACCGGAAAACCCAUCAACCCUGAGACACUGGAGGGGAAGAUCUUAGCUGUCGAUAUCAGCAUCUGGUUGAAUCAGGCGGUCAAAGGUGUGCGGGAUCGUGACGGUAAUAACGUUCAGAACGCUCAUCUGCUUACACUCUUCCAUCGGCUCUGUAAGCUGCUGUUCUUCAGGAUCAAACCCGUGUUUGUGUACGAUGGAGACGCGCCGCUGCUCAAGAAACAAACACUGGCGAUCAGGAGACAGCGCAGGGAGGAAAUGACACGUGAAUCCAAACAGACCAAUGAAAAACUGCUCAGGACGUUUCUGAAGAGACAAGCCAUCAAAGCUGCUCUGGGAGAUCACAGUCAAGAGGCGAUUCCCAGCCUGUCGUCUGUCAGAUGUGAUGAUGGUGAUGACAUGUACGUUCUGCCGACUCUUCCUCCUGAUGAAGAGAAAGAGCAGAGCAGUUCAGAAGAGGAGACGGAGAGAGAUGAAUCUGUGCAGAACUACAGCACAUAUCAGGAAGCCAUAUAUGAAAACCCAAACUCUGUUGACAUUAAUUCAGAGGAGUUUUCAAUCAUGCCACCAGAAAUCAAACAUGAAAUCCUCAAAGAAAUGAAAGAGUUGAACAAAAGACGACGCACACUGUACCACAAACCACCGGAGCGGUCAGGUGACUUCUCUCAGUAUCAGUUAGCCGGUUUACUGCAGAGAAACAAACUAAACCAGCGUCUGGAGGGAGUGGAGAAGGAAAUGAAUCAUCGCAGCUCUGGAGGGGCGGAGCAACAGUUAGGCGAGAGUAAAGAUCAUGACGUGGAGGUCAGACGGCUUGUGUCAGAGAACUCAUCACAUUACAUACUCAUUAAAGGGUCCCAAAAGGCCGCUAAGACUCCAGACAGUCGGCCGUCGCCAGCGCUGUGGUCCAGCUGUCCAUGGGAAAGAAAAGGAAGACCUACCGGAAAACCUGAGCCACUGUGGCGGCCAAUCACAGAAGAUGACGAGAACAAGCCUUCCUCCUCCUCCUCUUCAUCAGCCUCUAAACAGAUGUGUGUUCAGGAGGAGGAAGCGCCACCCUCCCCUCGCACCCUACACGCCAUCCAGAGUGCCAUGAUGGACACCAGCUCUGAUGAAGAUGAUGAAGCAGUCCCUUUGAGAGCCGCACACAGUGGAGGUAGAACAACUGGAGCUGAAGAUAAAGAUGGAAGUGUUUCACCUCAAACUCUCCACGCCAUCCAAAACACCCUCAAGGAUGAUUCAACAGCCACCGAUCUCCACAGAAACAGGAAACGCAUCAUCACGAUCAGCUCAGAUGAAGAUGAGGGUGAACAGACAGUUGUAAUUAAUGAUAACGAGCAGCUGACCGGAGACAGUGGUGUUUCUCCCAGAACUUUGCUGGCCGUUCAAGAAGCUCUGGGCUCUAAAACGGUCAUGAGAAGCUCUGAGCGAGAAGACUCGGAGGAGGUUCUUGGAAUCAGAAGCGCCGCUGCUGCGCCGGACGGAUCUGAUCUGAUUCCAGGUGUUUCCUUACAGGCAGGUUCUUUAAAGUCAGAAUCAAAACAUCAGUCCAGUACGCCUCUUAUUCUUCAUGGUUCUAAACCCAAAAGUCCAGAAGACACAUGCGUGUCAGGAGGCGAUGUUCUUCUGAGCUCGUCCUCUGAUCGUAAACAUGUGAAAACGGAUGAUAAAGACGAUCACAUGGAAGAAAAAAACUGUGAGAUUGUUGUGAAGAGUGAAGAUGAUGUGGACAGCAGCUCUGAAGAGAGUUUUAUAGAAGUGUCUGAUGCUGAGAAACCGUCUGAAACGGAGGAAGAACCAGUGAAUAAAAUCACAUCAGAUGACGAGAAUAAGAAAGAAAAGGAGGAAGACAUGAAAGAGUCGAGCGAUCAAAGCUCAGAUGUAGAUAAUAGUGCAAUCAACGAGUCCAAAACUGAACCGCCUCCUGCUGUGAGCGAGUGGGAACACAUUGAUGUGGAGGAGCUGGUGCAGUUAGAGAGAGAUCUACAGGAUGAACAGAUCAGUCUGAGAGAGCAACAACAACAACAGGAACGCCACAGCAGCACCGUUACUGGACAGAUGUGUCAAGAGAGCCAGGAGCUGUUGCGUUUGUUUGGCGUACCUUUUAUAGUGGCACCGAUGGAGGCGGAAGCUCAGUGUGCGGCUCUGGACCGCUCGGAUCAUACGCACGGCACCAUCACUGACGACAGCGACAUCUGGCUCUUCGGUGGCCGUCACGUCUACAAGAACUUCUUCAACCAGAACAAAUACGUGGAGCAUUUCCAGUCUGUGGACUUGCAGAACCAACUGGGUUUAGACAGGACUAAGAUGAUCAAUCUGGCGUAUCUGCUGGGCAGCGACUACACUGAAGGCAUUCCAGGGGUGGGAUACGUCACCGGAAUGGAGAUACUCAACGAGUUUCCUGGUGCUGGAUUAGAACCACUCAUGCAGUUCAGUGAGUGGUGGACCGAAGCUCAGGAGAAUAAGAAACUGGCUGUUAAUCCCAAAGACACAAAAGUGAAGAAGAAACUGAGAAACGUACAGCUUCAUCCUGGUUUUCCAAACCCUGUCGUGGCUCAAGCGUACCUGCAGCCCACCGUUGACCAAUCAGACGCCUCGUUCAGCUGGAGCCACCCACACCUGGAGCUCAUUAAGGAAUUCUGUCAGAGUCGUUUUGGUUGGAACAGCAGAAAGACGGAUGAGACGUUACGACCCGUUCUAAAACAGCUUAAUACCCAACAGACGCAGCUUCGCAUCGAUUCAUUCUUCCAUUUGGAGCAGCAGGAGCGGCAGGCGAUCCGUAGUCAGCGUCUGCGCAGAGCGGUCACCUGUCUCAAGAGAAAAGAACGAGAGGAGGAUGACGAUGAGGAUGAUGAAGAGACUUCUCCAGCUAAACAGGGAAAGAGUGCGGCCUCCAAUCUGUGCCGGGGUGGAGAGGAGGCCCCUGGUGCUGCGGGGCCCUUAGCGGGAGGGUUUCUAGGGUCAGCGGUGCAUGUAAACACCCCUACAGACCUGCCGGAGGGCGGAGUUUCUCAUGACAGGAUGCUGAUGUCAUCGGGGGCGGAGUCAAGCAGCUCCAGCUCAGAGGAUGAUGUGGAACGUGGGCGGGGUGUUGUUAUGGUGACGGCGCGAUCCGUGUUCGGGGACAACAAGAGGAAGACGAACAGGGCGAGGAGGAGGAGGAAGAGGGAGAGGAAGGAGCAAAAACGAAUGACAACAAACAUAUUAUAAGUGAUUAAUUAUGGUGCUGUGCAAUUAAGAUCCAGCAUAAUGGACCCUCUUCAUAUAACCCAUAAGGGCAAUAUUUGUCAACUCAACUCAAAAUGUUGUUUUUGAUAAGUGUGUUUACUGCUGAAAGAUAAACAUAAAUUAAUAUUAAAGCCAAAAUAUUAAAUGCCAUGGAUCAAUAUCUACUGAGUAAUGCAUUAUUUUGUAGAGGGGAUCAAAAUGCAAAUUUUCCCCUACAGCUCAAACUACAGCUAAAAAAAAAUAACCUUGGAAAGAUGUCAGUGUCAUUAUUUUAUUUGUACACAGAGAUCGGUAGAUCUAUUACUCAAAUCAGUUGACUUCAGCACCCCUUGGUGCAUUAUAUGCAAACGGGGUGAGUCCAAAAAUGGGACAAAACACUUUUUUUGUGCUGUUUUUCCCAAAUUGAAGUGCCUAUAAUUCCAGAAUUAUGAAAUAUAUCUUAAUAUACAUUCAGAUUCUGGUUCAAAACAAACUUUAAUUGUUAUAUCUUCAUUCGUAAGACCCUAAAUGGUUAUAUCCCGGAGAUAUGGGGCUCUCAACGCGUCUCCAUUCAUAAAUUUGACCCAUUGAUAAUGGUUGAGAACCAAAUGUAGGUCACAUGGUAGGAAGAUCAUUUUUCAUGUCCAACAAAAAGUUCUUAAGUACAAAUAAUGUUGAUAUCAGAAAUGUACCUUUUAUUUAUUCACAUUAAAACAAUAAUGUCACAGCAGGGUAAAUGUUAAAAUGUACAUUACAUUAUUAAAAAAUGAAAAUGUAUAAAUAAGGCGGAAACACAUCACAGGCUGUGAAAAGGGUCCAUCGUUUCAUAAAUGCAACAAUGUAAAAUAGUCAAAUCAAGUAUCUCUUUUUGACACAUUAUUUCAGAUCUCAUUCCUUCUUUAAACUGAAUCUUCCAAACUAUUCCAACAUACUGUAUGAACUGUUUUUACCUUUAGAUGAAUAUGCAAGAAUGUUUUUCCUUUACACAAAGAACAAUAAAAUUGCCAAUUCAAAUCUAAACUUAUUUGUACUUUGCUUUUUAUAAUACAAAUCAUCCUAAAGCAACUUUACUAUU